CCUUCUUGAUCGGGUCCACUAGGCGGAGAAAGCUGCCGAGAUACUACCUAACGCGCCCUUCGGUGACAAUUGUACAUUCUUCCUACAUCAUAUUCUUCUUGUGCGCUUCUAAGGUUGAUCCCGUCCCUUACUCCUGGAUCCAGACAAACAGUACACUAUUCCCAGAAUCUUCAACAUGGCGAACGAUGGACCGGACUCGAAGAAGGUCCUUAUCAUUGGCGCAACAGGCGUCAUUGGCCAGCAUAUCACUGAGGCUCUCGCCAAUGCGAUAGCAUCCUUUGACGAAGUUGGCAUAUUCACUUCGCCCAGCACACUCCAGAAAAAAGGCACUCUGAUUGGAGAAUGGAAGAAUUCAGGCGUUCGAGUUCAUGUUGGAGAUGUAAAUUCAGAACGUGACAUUAAACGGGCAUAUGAAGGCUACGAUACAGUCGUCUCCGCGCUCGGGCGCAAUGUGAUCCUCACGCAGAUACAAUUGAUUGCGCUCGCCGAAGCCUCUUCGACUAUUCACACCUUCUACCCCUCCGAAUUCGGCACAGACAUCGAGUAUGGACCUUCUUCCGCCACAGAAAAGCCGAACCAGCUCAAGCUGCAAGUGCGCAAGUACAUUCGCGACAAUGUGAAGAAGCUCAAAGUGACGUACCUGGUCACCGGGCCAUACUCCGACCUCUAUAUUGGAAAGAUGGGCGGCGAGACCAACGCUGCGGGAAGCUUUGACGUGCAGGCGAAGAAGGCCGUACUGCUAGGCACAGGAGAGGAGAAGGUUUCGCUGACCACAAUGGAGGAUGUGGGACGCUUGCUUGUUGCAGCGCUUUUGACCCCAACGAGCAAUUCCGAGCGUAUCCUCAAGGUCAACUCCUUCACGACAACACCAAAGGAGAUUCUUGCCGAAUAUGAGAAGCAGACAGGAGCUGAGUGGGAAGUGAGCUACACGUCUCUGGACAAGCUGAAGGAAUUGGAAGAGCAAGCUUGGGAGAGGAAGGUCCCUUUUGCAACUGUGUUCACACUGAGGAGGAUUUGGACGGAGGGAGGCACGCUGUAUGAUGAACGGGAUAAUGAGAAGAUCGGAAACCCAAGGGUCGAGUCACUUGAGGACCAAGUUAGGUCAGCUGUGAGACAGCAAACCAAACCACCAAACGACAAUGGACCCUUUGCGAGAAUCGGUUCCGCGAUUUAAGGAUCACUCGAUCAACGCUGUAGAUGGCGCAUAGCAACAUGACAAUCCCAUAAAAUUCAAGUCCAUACUUCAUGCGACAACAGGUUGCAUCGGAGCAAGGGCAUCCUUGGUCUGUACACACUGACACCACCAUGCGGUGCUGGAUUUACAUACAAUACACCAGAAUUAUCUACUAUCAAUCAAGUCAAUCUGGUUA